AUGGACCGUCUGAGGGCCAUCGCCGCCUACCUGUGGAACUUUCGCUACCUGCCCCUCAAGUACCGCUGGCCGCUCAUCAAGCUUCGUCGCCGUCUCCUCCCCACGCAGUCGCCCCUCGGCCUGCGUCGCUCCGUGCGGUACGCGCGCUCCCUCCGGCACCCGCCGCCGCCCCGCGGCGCCCUCCUCUUCGCGGUGUGCGCGCGCGACGGCGAGCUGAUCGCCUCGGAGACGCAGUACUUUUGGCGCCAGGCGGCCUGGGCGUUGGCGGACAUCCCGGAUCCGGAGGCGCGGCGUGGCGGGGAGGAGCAAUACGCGGUCCUGGCGGCGACGGUCGAGACGCUGGUGGAGUGCUUCAAUUGGCGGCUGAACCUGGGCUUGCGGCGGGAUGACCCCCCGUUCACAAACGUCUACAAGGAACCGCCGCCAGCGUCGCCAGAGACUUGUCCGUCGUGGACGGCGACGGCAGGAGCGCUCCCGGAGAAGCUGCUCCUCGGCCGAAGCACCACGUACAUGGACAGUCCGUUUCACCGGCGCAACAUUUACAUAGCCACCGGAGACUUCUACUCUGUAUAG